UAAUCUUUUUUCCUUUAUCGUGCAUGGUAUCUCCAUGGUUUCUGCUAUAAAAGCUAUGUUUUGCCUGACUGUGCCUUCCCCGAGAAUCUAAAUCUUCUCCAUCAUCUAAUCUCUAUCUCGAGUUCUUUUGUUAUCUCCCCAUGUUCUCCUGUUGAAGGCUUUCUAUUUUGGGUUCUUAAGGGACUUGCUAGUCAUGGAAGCUGUUCUGCAGACAAAAGGGCUUUUUUCCCUGCCCUCAAAUCCCAAAACCAAAUUUUUAGGCUCACCACAGUGUUUCAAACGCCGGUUGAAUGCCAGAAACGAUAGAGCUCUUGGUGGGUUUUCUCUGUCUGUUGAUGGGUUCCAAAAAUUUCAUGGGUUUGUGUCAAAAACUCAUGGCUUAUAUAAGAAGGGAAGGGGCUGGCAGAUUUACAGGGCAGAAGCUGCAGCUGCUGCAGAUGGGCAGCCACUGAUUGGUGAAGUGGAGCAGCCCAAGUUUUUGGGUAUUGAGCUCGUAACCCUUAAGAAAAUUAUCCCACUUGGGUUGAUGUUCUUCUGUAUCCUCUUUAACUAUACAAUUCUGAGAGACACGAAAGAUGUCUUGGUUGUGACUGCUAAAGGCAGCAGUGCAGAGAUUAUUCCAUUUCUGAAGACUUGGGUGAACUUGCCAAUGGCCGUUGGAUUUAUGCUCUUGUACACCAAGCUCGCUAAUGUUUUGUCAAAGCAGGCUCUCUUCUAUACUAUCAUUGUUCCCUUCAUUGCUUUCUUCGGGGCAUUUGGGUUUGUUCUAUACCCCCUUAGCAAUGUCUUCCAUCCCACAGCACUUGCGGAUAAGCUUUUGGCGGCGCUUGGACCGAGCUUCCUUGGCCCGGUUGCAAUUCUUAGAAUCUGGAGUUUCUGUUUGUUCUAUGUCAUGGCUGAGUUAUGGGGUAGUGUAGUGAUAUCGGUUCUGUUCUGGGGGUUUGCCAAUCAGAUAACUACUGUUGAAGAAGCCAAAAAGUUCUACCCAUUGUUUGGUCUUGGAGCCAAUGUUGCCCUUGUGUUCUCUGGUCGAACAGUUAAGUUCUUCUCCAGGCUGAGACAGAGCUUGGGCCCUGGAGUUGAUGGUUGGGCCAUUUCCCUCAGAGGAAUGAUGAGCAUUGUGGUGAUAAUGGGGCUUGCAAUCUGUGCUCUUUACUGGUGGGUGAAUGCUUUUGUUCCUCUUCCCACCCGUAGUAAGAAGAAGAAGGAAAAGCCCCAAAUGGGCACAAUGGAAAGCUUGAAAUUCUUAGUAUCCUCUAGAUACGUCAGGGAUCUAGCUACAUUGGUUGUUGCUUAUGGUAUUAGCAUCAACCUUGUGGAGGUUACAUGGAAGUCAAAACUCAAGGCUCAGUUUCCUAGCCCAAAUGAAUAUUCAUCCUUCAUGGGUGACUUCUCAACUGCCACUGGGGUGGCAACCUUCACAAUGAUGUUGCUAAGCCAAUGGAUAUUUGACAAAUACGGGUGGGGAGUUGCUGCCAGGAUUACACCAACAGUUUUGCUUCUCACAGGAGUUGGCUUCUUCUCUUUGAUUCUGUUUGGGGAUCCACUUGUCCCUGCAAUGGGGAAGCUUGGGAUGACUCCUCUACUUGCAGCUGUGUAUGUGGGCGCUAUGCAAAACAUUUUCAGUAAGAGUGCAAAAUACAGUUUAUUUGAUCCUUGCAAAGAAAUGGCUUACAUCCCUUUGGAUGAAGAUACCAAGGUAAAAGGGAAGGCGGCCAUUGAUGUUGUCUGCAACCCAUUGGGGAAGUCGGGAGGCGCCUUGAUCCAGCAGUUCAUGAUAUUGACAUUUGGGUCACUUGCGAAUUCAACUCCCUACCUUGGGGGAAUAUUGUUGGUGAUUGUUUUUGCGUGGUUAGCUGCAGCAAAUUCUUUGGACACCCAGUUUAAUGCCUUGCGCAAGGAGGAAGAACUUGAGAAGGAGAUGGAGAAGAGAGAAGCACUUAAGAUACCAGUAGUUGCUAAGGAGGGAACUAAUGGGCAGGCCGGAGUUGGAAAUGGACCACUGGCAAGUGGAUCAGCACUUGAUCAGGCAACAGGGGAUGCUUCCACUAGUUCAUCUGGCUCUUCUACACCCCGCAGCAUCCAAUAAAUUUCUUUAAUCAUUUCGUCUUACAAAAAAAAAAAAUGCAGGGAUAGUGGGAUAUAUUCUUAGAUUAGAUUCAUUGGUAGGAUUAGAACCAUAAUUUUAUGGAUGAAAUAAUCAGAUCUCAAUCAGAUAUGCAACUGAUUAUUUUAAAUCCCUUUUUGGUAGGAAAUAAACUGAAUAUCUAUUGAAGCAGGUAUACAACUUUUUCUUGUUUGCAUUGGGUGUUAUAAAUGUCAGAUAUCAUGCUUUAAACCA